UAAUCUCAGAGAACUUGUUUAAGCUUUGAACGAAAGUCGAGGUCUCUCAACUUCCUUAUUUUAAAAAUUUCCGUUCUCUCUAAAAGCUCUCCGCAACUUGUCAAAGAUUUUUAUCACUUCUAUGAAAGAAUCAAUUUCACACGCCGUCGACAUGUAUUCCUCCGACUCUUGCGCUCGCACCGAAGGGUCUGGUUCGAGAGAUCCAGGGAAUACAUUGUCCCCAUAUUCAAGCAGGAAAGACUAAACUCGCCAACUUUCUUGGAUGAGGAGUACCAUAUACCUGACACGCCAGGGGAAUCUGCAGAAAGUGAGAGUGAACUUUUUGUUACAGAUAAUCGCUUGCAUUCUAGCAAGCGCAAAGGUAAAAGACGUGCUGAAAUGCAAAUUCCAAUCGCAUCAAAGAGAAAGAGAAAGCCUCGCAAGCCUUACGUUAAAGAGACCUUCGACGAUGAGAAAGAAAAAUUGGACUCAAUUCUGGGAGAUGCAUCUCGCAGCAAGACGCAAUACCAAGACCAACAUACAGGAGCCAGGGGUGAAAACGUUCCAAAUGUAGCCAGAACAGCUCCUCCGUCGAAAAAUAUUACCAUGAGCUUAGAUAUGUCUACUGGUACUUCCAAAGAGCCACAUAUCACUUUGACUAUACCAGCUGUGUUCCAUAAAUACCAUAUUACUAUCAUCCACGGCAAUACCACUUCAAACUAUGCGGUCAAUGGUAAAGCCACUGCUUCUACACCUCAACAUGUACUAGAGGAGAUUUAG